AUGACCUCCCGGCCCCCUUUGGCCGUCUCUCAGCGACAGCCUCAGAGAACCUUAAGCAGCUCGGGGUUGUCGCAGAGACCAGCACCUCAGCGAUCCCUCUCCCAGCAAUACCUGCCCCCGUCCCCCAUACGCCGCUCCGAGAGCUACAACGACCAGGGCCCCGACGCCGGCGACGUCGCACAGAACCGAUAUGGCACCAUACCGAGGCGGGGAGGCUCGAGGCUCAAGCUCGAGCUGGUCAACGAUGGCAUCGUCCACGCCGGCUUCAGCGAGUCGCCCCAGAACCUGGACCCCAUGUCCGCCAACAUGGUCUUUACCCCGUCGCGAGUGAUGUCUUCGAUGAACGAGGCUUCUGAGCUCGGCGACAUGAGCCCACAUACAUCCAGAUGCCAGACCGUCGACGGAGACUCCGCCCCUCUCCCUAUGCCGCCGCGCCGAGCCCAGUUCGUCGUGCCUGCGAAGCGGCCCCCGACCUCAACCAUGAGUGCGCCCGCCAAGAAAGACUUUCGCCCGAAACCCUUCGUCCUCGAGCCUCCCGCCGACGCUCCUCGCUACUCUAAUAUGGGCAAGCAAGAACCCUCUGGCUAUGCCGAUUUCUAUCCGUGGCGAGGUGGACACGCCGAGGACCAAUUCUCCGACAGUGUGAUCCGGAAUGGCUUCUUCAACAAGGCCCCAGCGCAGUCCUCGCAGGAAACAACCACCGCGAGAGGCCCCUUGUUGCCUGCGCUGAAACACAAGAGCGGCCUCCAUACAUUAUCUACAAUAUUCACCGGAAUACUGAAUCAGAGAAGACACAGUGGGCAGAUCACGUCAGCCUCUACCUUCAAACCGCCGCCACGAGUUACCCUCACCGAUACCAAACGAGAGGUGUGGCUCAAAGACCUCGCAAACCCAGCCAUCUCCCUUCGACGCCUGAGCCGCACAAUUCCUCACGGCAUCCGGGGCAGGGUACUACUCGAUCAAUGUCUCAACAAGAAUGUCCCUACCGAUCGAGCCGUCUGGCUUGCCAAGUGUGUUGGCGCAAAUGAGAUCAGGGCAUUCAAGAGAAAAGGGGUAAACAACACAUUUGUCAUAGGCGGAGAAGUGAAAUGGAUCCGAGACUGGACAUUGUGUGUGGAGCAGUUUCUCGAGACCAUUGUCAGCGCAUUCAGCGAAGAUGACUGGAAAGCCAAAGUCACAUAUGCCAUUCGCCUUGCUACUCAUCUCUAUGCCGAGCAUCUGCUUGACCGAGAUCAUUACAUGGAGUGGUUAGUAUCCGGCUUGGAGAACAGCAACCAAGCCAAGCUUCCAAUGUGGCUACUAAUUAUCCAAAUAUACUGGAAAGACAUUCUCAAACUCAGGAGAUACGGACGACGCUUGGCCACCGCCAUCGUCAACCACCACUGUUCUAUAUACCACCAUCCUGAUCGCGAUAUCUUACUCCCCCUAUCCACUCAGUUAUGUUCAUUAGUGGAUUCUCUCAUCUCCGCAUAUCCAGAGAGUUUCGUACAUCCCUUAAGUUGGACUCGGUUUCGCGACUCACUCCAAUCCUCCUUGUCUGCUAGUCAAAGAGCAGCUUUUGGCAUUAUAGACGCCCGAAAUGAUCACCUAACGAGCUCGAGCAUCAAAUCGCAACCUGCUGUUCGGAGCACGCUGGUGGAGUUGCUUGACAACAUGCUUCGAAUGCCUUUCAAAGACGAUAUUCCGACAAAGCUACGGAAAACCAGUGACAACAACGUUGUGCUCAUCCGGACGGUUCUCGAGUGGUGCACUUCACUUUACAGAUUCGGCGCUGCCAAGGUGUACGUUGCAGCGACCAUUCUCCGCUCAAUCUCGACUUUCGACGUCGACAUCACUAGGAGUAUCCUGGACUUUCUGGAUGCGGUUCCGCUGCAAGAAAAUGCGCGGAAACAUAUCAUAUAUCACCUCGUCUCAGAGCUUGUCCGUUCUGCUCACUUCUCGGUUCCCCAGUAUGUGCAGUGGCUCAUAGCUAGGGGUGGUCUGGUUGACCCUAUCGAAGCCCAACCAGACGGCCCGUGUGCGACAAGGCUAUUGGUUGAGGUCCCUAUUCAAUCGCUCAACGAAUCGAUGAGAAGUUUGAGGGCUUCUCUGUUACGCAGAGCUGGCUUUUCGGUGGACGAUGAGGGAAACGAUAUUGGAACGGCAAUCAAGUGCGUUAAGCACGCACUAUCCGUUCCAUUAGAGCCAGGCGACCCCCUACUGCAGAAGGCACCCAUGAGCGUGAAGAAGUUAGCGAAGCGAAUCGGAAUCAGCAGUCGUGCCCUCAAGGCCGAAGUCAGUUCCUGGCUUAGUAACGACUUCAUCGGCAGUGUGGCCCAUAACCUACGAUCGGGCAAAGGCGGUGUCGAGCUUUCGAGCAGAACCUUUGAGACUGUCCGAGCCCUUCUGGAGGCUGCGCAAGACUUCACGAUGCUCGAAACUACUAUGAAGCUCAUGAUGCAGUCUUCGAAUACAGAGAUCCUCGCAUAUUGCGCCGACACUAUCAACCUUCACUUGCCGGUGUUUGCUGCGAUGGGCUCUGCGAAAACGCUAUUCCAAGCUCUCUACACUCGUCUAAGGGCUCUAAGCGAGGAGCAGGGUAUCGGUGCGCGCCCUCUCCUUGCUUCUCUGGCCAGUCUUGCACCCCGGCUGCCUGGGCUUGAGCAAAUGGCAUGUCAACUGCAUAAUGAUUUGAUACGAGCAGACCGAAGUAGUGCGGUGGAUGUCUCAUCGCCCCUGUCCGACAACAUGGCUACGCAGCUCCAAGACGCCGAAACCGAAUUGAGCGAGCAGAUCGAGAAACUUGCCAGCUACACAAGCGCCGACCGGCCAACAAUGGAGCGCCUUUUUCAGGCUAUUGUGAGCAAGCUGGGAAGUUGUUGGAGCAAAGCCGACGAACGACAGAGACCUUACUGCAUCCUAUUAUCGAGGUUGCGAGUUUUCGAUACUCAGCAUUUCGACGUGUUGAUGAGGGGUUGGGUCCAACAUAUCCGCAAACUCACGAGGCGGCCACCUAUCGCGCAGCUCUUCCCCCUUCUUGUCAGCUCCGGUUGCCUAUCUCUCGCAAUGUUGUUUGCCACUGCCUACAGGAGCCAGCCGCAGGCUUCACAGUCGCAACCCAAUGCAGUUGGCUCCGCUUCAACAUACAUGCAAGAGAUACUGCAAAUGUUGAUGAUCCCAUUGGUACCGAAUCAGGUCACGACUUCAGAGGACUGUUACCGAUUUCGUAUCACUCAGGAGCAAGCACGCUUAGAGCAUGCUAAAGAGGUCAUGCCUCUCAUACGCGGGGCUCUGGGGGAGUACGCGGCGUCUCGAAGCCAACAGCCGCCUAGGCCUCAGCCACUCGAUGAAGAGAAGGUCAAGUCUCAGCUGCUCGAAUUGCUAAGGGACCUGGUCCUCGUCGACCCGAAUGCCGCAUGCCAGACGUUGUCCCUCAAGAGCCCUGAUGCCAAAUUAGCCGCUUUGAUCGAAGCAUUGACGACGAAAUUGUUAGUUCCUCAUGGUGGAGGUGUCCAAAAGUCUUUCGAACAGGUGCUGGAGCUGGCAAACGAGUUCACGUUGCCAUUCUGCCAAGUCAAGCUUUCCCUCAUUCUUGCAAUCCAUGACUCGGGAAGUCCAGAGGGGGCUGAGAGGCUUCAUCUACAAUUUGAGCAAUUGUCCAAGGCAAUGGACAACGCCAUCGAGGCGAACAAUAUCAUGUGGACAGGUAUGCUCUCCUGCGUGAGCCCUGACAUCACGCAGCACUUGAAGAACCGAGCAGAGUCACGUUUCUUUGACCUGCUUCCAUCUCUGAAGAGUGUACCGGCUCCAGGAACAGACCCCAAUAACGAUAUCCAUAUGGCGGAGAACCUGCUUACAGUCAUUGACGCUGUACUCCGCGGGGGGGCCACAUCGAGAGCAUCGCCGCUCUCUAACGCGAUGGUGGACAAAUUAGCUGAUUUAUGGGAGAUACUCGGGACAACGGGCGACGAACACGCAGUGCUUCGAUCCACCGUGCUUUCACACUGGCUACCGUUGCUACUAGCCUAUCUCGCUCUUCAGGCUUCACAGGCUGCAAGCCCGGCAGACACGUCACGGCUCCCAGGCAGCGAAAUUCGCGCCCGAGCUCUAAUCGUGCUCGCUGGUCUUGUCCAGGAACUCGACCGAUACCCCUCGUUGAAGCUCGGCGAGCGCAUCUAUGACAUCGCCCUCGUCCUCACCGAUCAAAUGCCGGAAGACGCACGUCUGCAGUGUGUGCGUGCGGUGAAGGACCACACGUCGGACCCCCGGCUGAAAUAUCUCUUCAGCUUCACAUCGAAUCCGACCGAGAACUUUAUGCUGGCACACCGGGAUAAGCCUCCCCCUGGAAUCCAGGAGCGGAGGGCCUUGGCCGCUAUGAACAUGGGCAUGAGUAUGCUGCCGGAGAAACUGACGCCGUUCUUGUUCCGGCGCUGGGAAAUCCUCAACGAGCCCACACCGAAUGUAGGAGAGAACGACACGAGCUUGAGCUUGACGCUGUUCGACGCGCGGAAGAUAUAA